AUGGAAUACUUAGUUUCCCAGAACAAACCAUUUGCAGUCAAUGAUAUCAUUCAAAACUUGCACAAUAAGGUUGGGAAGGCCAUGACUAUGAAGGCAUUGGAAAAUUUGACAAAGGAUGCAAGGAUAACGACAAAGACUUUUGGAAAAGUUGUUAUUUAUGCUUGCAAUGAGAAACAGUUUGAAUUUCCUGAUGAUUUGGAUAGCAAUCUUUUUACUUUUGACAAAAUUGUACAACUUAGAAGUGAAUUUAUGGAGUUGGAAAGAGAAAGAAAUUCACUCUUUGAAAAAUGGAAUAAUUUAAGUAAAGAACCACCUAAUCAUCAAUUAGUUGCAAAUAUUGAAAACCGGAAGCUGGAUCUUGAAAGAUUAAAGAGUACACUUACAAUUUUACGUGAUAAUUGGAAUCCUGCAGAUGAAAAAACUACUCAAGAUUUAAUAAGCUCAAAACUUGAGCUGGAGAAGGAAAUUACCAAAAGAAUAAAAAUAAUGAACUCUUUAAAAGAUGUUAUUAAAGAUUCAGUAAAUCCAAAGAAUAUAAACGAAUUCCUUGUAUGUUUUAAUGUACACACACAUUUACGCUUUUUCCAAAAUUAUGAUUGGUACUAA